ACAAUCUACCAAAUAUAAGUAGCCUGUAGCUAUAAAAAUCGUUUUCUAGGGGUGUAGUUUAAAUAAGCUUAAAUGUGAAAGUCGUAUUCAAAUGAAAAUUAGAAUUUUUUUGAGUCUUCGUUGUCUUUUUAUAAAAGAGAUACAUGACUAAAAGUUUGUUGAAAUGAAAACGUGAUUAGAUAACGUGCUGGGACCGGUUGCGUGAGGACAGCUAUCAGAUCAGAUCACCAUUCACGGUUUAAGCUGUCAGUCAACAGAAAGCCGUCAAUACAGGUUAAGACAGGGACGGAAGGACAUGUAAUUAGAGAUGGGGUCAGGGGUUUCAUCAGCCAAAGCCCCCUCCACACCUGCAGCCCAGUGUGCCAAAUGUGCGACGGCUUCAAUGUCUGGAAAUGAAGAGCGCACGUUCAUUGCCAUCAAGCCUGAUGGAGUGCAGAGGGGACUUGUCGGAGAGAUCAUCAAGCGUUUCGAACAGAAGGGCUUCAAGUUAGUUGCUAUGAAGUUAAUCCAGGCCGAUGAGGAUCUUCUGAGACAGCACUACGGUGACCUGAAGGAUCGGCCUUUCUUCCCAGGGCUUGUCAGUUUUAUGUCCUCUGGCCCUGUGGUUGCCAUGGUGUGGGAGGGUUUUAACGUUAUAAAAACUGGCAGAGUGAUGCUCGGCGAGACUAAUCCCAUUGACUCCAAGCCCGGGACUAUCCGAGGUGACUUUUGCGUUCAGGUUGUCCGGAACAUCAUUCACGGCAGUGAUUCUGUCGAAAGUGCCAACGCCGAGAUCAACCUUUGGUUCAAACCAGAAGAGAUCUGUGACUACACCAAAUGUCAGGACAGCUGGCUCAAUGGCUGAUCACUUUCUUCUUUUUCUGCUCUUUUCUCCCUCCCAGGUGUUUCUGAUAUAAAUCAACCAAUUUUCAUUUUUAUUCCCACGGUUUCUGGUGUUUGUCUUUACAAUAAAACCAAAAAUCAUUUCUAUCCCAUGAGUUCAAAGGACAGCUUCAAUGAC